GUCCGAUUUUGAAGAGGGAAAACUAGAAUAAUUAUACAGUUUCGCUAAUAUCUCUGCAAUUAUAAUAUAUCUUUUCAAAUAAUUUAAUUUAUUAUUCAACGGAAAUAUAGUUGUAUGUUUAUUUUGGAUUUUGAGCAGAUUUCAUCCAACAGACUAGCAACAAUACGUCGAAAUGUCGAAGGCAAGAUCCAUAAAUGUUUCAGUUCCCUCUCCAUCUUCGUCAAAUAAUGUUCCUGUUGAGAAAAAGACUACAGAGGUGACUUCUGCAAGGAGCAAACUAGAUGGGGUCCUCCAGAAUCUUGUAGAAAAGAAAGAAGAGAGUCCUUCAAAAGUAGAUGAGGAAGUUUGGAUUAAACUUGAGCCAGAAGACAACUAUUUCAGUGAUUCUGGCCCAUCUACUCCUAAAAAAGGAUUGGGAUCAAGUAGCAAGAGCAGGAAAAGAAAGAGGAAAGAUGAAACUGAUGAAAUGCAGCCACACUAUCAUCAUACUUAUGUGAUGAAACUGUUUGAUCGAAGUGUUGACUUGGCCCAGUUUGAUGAUCAAACACCCCUGUACCCUAUAUGUCGUGCAUGGAUGAGGAAUCAGCCCCACAACCAGAGCCUGGGGCCUAGGUCUGAGACCACCACCCCUGAACCUAUCAUCAAUUUUGACCCUGAGACAACUGAUCGAAUUCCUAAAGAUAUCUACCGCAUGCCACCAGGGCCAAACAGGCCAUUUGAUCAUGUAAAAGGAGAAUAUGUUGAUCCCAGGAUACCAGUUCCUGUGCCCCAACCUGAUGAACAUAUUGAUACUCUAAACACAGAUCCAGAAGCAGCCCCUGAACCAGAAAAUCUUCUGCUCGAGCAUAUGGCAAGAUGGAAGAAAGUGCGCCAGAGUUGGAGAGAUUCCGCCCUUGACAAUGAAGAGAGGUACACCUCAAGUAUGUUUAUCUUAAAGAAUAUGUUCGAGUAUCAGCUGGAGCAUUCACCUUAACUAUCUCUCAGUGUUUCUAACUAAUAUAAUGUGUGCAGUCAAUCUGUAUGACAAUAAGGACCAGUUUCAAGGUUAUUUGGGGACAAAAAUAACUGGAGUCUACUGGAUCAGCUCUUCAAUGGAACACAUCUGCCAUCUACUUAUAAGCUACUGUAGAUGUUGUAGAUUUAUCACAAAAUCAACAUCAUACACCAUCAACAUAAUGGAUGGUUUACUCAUCCUCACAAGCUAACCAUUACAGAAAAAUUUGAAGAUGAAAUGAUAUUGUAACAUUGAAUUAUGACAAUAAGUAAAUAAUAUUUUUGUAAUAUUUUGCACAGGUAUAAUCAUGCUCUGUAGAAUUAUACAGGGUGACUAUAAAUUGUAGAAAGAUGAAUGAGUUUCUUAUGAUUAAUUAAUACAUAUAUCCCAAGGGUUUCACCCGUUCACUUCCUGACCAAAGCUUGUUUGAUCUUUGAUUUUUUACAAUAUAUAACUAUCAUCUUUGACAUCUUAUCAUUUUUAUUUCCAUAUGUUAUUGAGUGUUAGAAUGACAACUCAAA